GCCGUGUCACACCAUUUGCUGUCCGUCAAACAAAGUCGUGUGGAGUAGCAGCUACAUGAUAAUUAUUUUUAAAAAGUGUUUUAAAAACCUUUGAUGGACGAAACUGAGCAGAAAGACACAGAAGACAAUGCGCCUUCCGUUAUCGAUCGGUAUUACACGCGGUGGUACAGAGCCGAUAUGAAGGGGAAGCCGUGUGAGGACCACUGCAUCCUGCAGCAUUCAAACAGAUUAUGUGUUGUCACAUUAGCAGAGACUCACCCGAUCCUUCACAAUGGACGGACAAUCAAGAGCAUCAACUACCAGAUCAGUGAUGGCUGCAGUCGUCUGAAAAAUAAAGUAUCUGGGAAGUCCAAGCGGGGCGGUCAGUUUCUUACUGAUUUUGCACCAUUGUGCAGAAUAUCAUGCACAGAUGAAACUGAAUACACAAUCUACAGCUGCAUUCGUGGCCGUCUUCUUGAGGUCAAUGAACAAAUUUUAGAGACACCUUCACUCUUGCUGGAAAAGCCAUCCACUGAAGGCUACAUCGCCGUCAUCCUGCCAAAGUUUGAAGAGAGCAAGAGCAUAACGGAGAAUCUCCUGAACAGAGAGGACUUUGAAAGCGUCGUCUCCAAACGUAGUGUUGCCGAAUCACAGCCCUCUUGACAGGACUCGGUGUUCAUGUCAGAACUGUUUUAGAAUAACUCAUCUUUCUUUCAAAUCUCACCACCAGUCCUUUUACCUAACUAUUAUUUACACUCAAUGCCCACUUAAUUAGGUACACAGUGGCAGGAGUGGCACCUGCUGUGGUCUCCUGAUGCUCAGUUUGACCUGCAGCAGGUUGUCUUUACCAUGUCUACAUUGCCUAAAUGAAUUGAGCUGACAUGUGAUUGGCUCAUUCGAUAGUUGCAUUGUGUUAAAAGGUGUACCUAAUAUAGAGGCAGGCGAGUGUAUAAUGUAAGAGUUGCACUAUGCCUUUAUUUUACAGUGUUUUUGAAUGUUUAGGAAGCUUUUCUGGUAGUGAAUUUUCAUUUUCAAAAACAUUCAUUUGAAUGCUGUGAUUAAGUACUUGCACAAAGUAAGUUUAAGUAUUUUUGUAAAAU